AUGCUAAGUGCAGAAUAUCAGGAGUUUAUGACUCCCUCAAAGUACGGGACUCUCACCAAAAUCAUUAAUACUGCUCGUGAAAGGGAGAUAGAGCUGAAGAAGCAGAUAGAUAGAGGGGAAAGAAGGUCACAAGUUGUUAAUCCCAGCCCCACGAAAAAGGCACGUACGACUGAGUCGUCAAAGAAACAGGAAGGAAAAAGCGGGUCGCCAAGCUGCAAGGUAUGCGGGAAAGGGCACAAGGGUGAGUGUCGGUUUAAACAUAAGACAUGUCCCAUAUGUGGGAAGACAGGGCACACGGCUGCAUUAUGCCCCGGGAAGGUAUCGGUGUGUUAUAAACGCUACCAACCGGGUCACAAGAAAUCGGAAUGCCCGGAGCUAGUCAGGAAAAAGGAUGGCAAGGAUUCACAUACGGAGACUCCAAAAGAAAAAGCCAGAUCCUUCUAG